CGCAGACACAAAUUUCGACUUCUCUCCAGGUAUCGCUAAGCAACUAGAGGGGCAUUGCAAAACAGACGCCUGGAUUGGUUUAGAAAUCUGCCGAUCAAACAACAGUCAAGCUUCCCGUCAUGUGAAACCCGGGUACACAAAGAGGAAGUGUGAAAUACAGUUAUUCCGCUGUUUGGAGCAGUUUAAGUCCAACAGUGGAGUGAGGAGGCACAGCAAGGGAAAAUCGAUGGAGGAGGAAUUGAACGCAACAUCAGCAUUUGAGAAAGAUCCGUUCAAGCUCACAGCUGAAGAUGUCUACGAUAUGUCUUAUGUCAUUGGCCGUGAUUUAUUCAAACUCAGUAGCUCAGAAGAUAGCCGUACAGUCUCCGAGCUGCAAUAUAAAGUAAUCAGAGUUCUAGAAAUAUUCGAGUUGUUGGUGGACAGGCAGAACCUAUCAGUCGAGAAACUGAAAAUUGAACGGGACAACCUGAGGAAGGAAACGGAAAGGCUUCACAGGGAACUCCAAGUGGCAACAAGCGAUUCAGAGAAAGAGAAGAAUGGAACAGACAAACUGGUGGUCGAUGUUAAUGACCCAAAUCGGCCUCGUUUCACGCUCCAGGAAUUGACGGAUGUGUUGCAAGAACGCAACAAACUUAAAGCUCAGUUACUUGUUGCUCAAGAAGAACUGGAAUGUUAUAAAAGCGGAUUAAUGACCACAAAGGAGCCACAAAGGCUAGAAAAGAAGGCAUCUGGUGCAAAUCGUGAAAGUGAACAAACUACGGUUAAGAAACUGUUUUCUCUCAAAUAUCGAAAAAAUCAUUAAGCAUGCGGGACACAAGGAUCUUUUAAAAAGGUUUCUGAGCACUCAUACUUUCGUAGUCAUAAUACUCAUUAUUUUCUUAAACGGAAUGUACUGAUGCAGGAAUUUUCAAAGUUUAAUUUUCUAAGAAUCCAAAAAAUAGGUUUGUUACUUGUAAAAAGUUUUUUUUAAGAAAAGCUGUAUUUGUUUUGCUAUGUAGAGCAAGACUGCAAAAAGAACUUAAAAGUAGACUUAAUUUCUAAGUAUGUUUCAGAGAUAGUUGGAACUGCAGAUGCUGGAGAAUCUGAGAUAACAAGGUAUAGAGCUGGAUGAACACAGCAUCAGAGGCUGACGUUUUGGGCCUAGGUUUCUGGAGAAAGGUCUCGGCCCAAAACAUCAGCCUCCCUGCUCCUCUGAUGCUGCUUGGCCUGCUGUGUUCAUCCAGCUCUGCGAGAUAACAAAUUGUGGAGCUGGAUGAACACAGCAGGCUAAGCAGCAUCUUAGGGGCACAAAAGCUGACGUUCCGGGCCUAGACCCUUCAUCAGAAAAGGGGGAUGGGGAGAGGGUUCUGAAAUAAAUGGGGGGGGGAGGCAGACCAAAGAUGGAUAGAGAAGAUAGGUGGAGAGGAGAAUAUAAGUGGGGAGGUAGGGAGGGGACAGGUCAGUCCGGGGAGGAUGGACAUGUCAAGGGGGCGGGAUGAAGUUAGUACGUAUUCUGAUUCUCCAGCAUCUGCAGUUCCCAUUAUCUCUGAUCUCUCAUCCAGCUCUACACCUUGUUAUCCCUUAAUUUCUAAGUAGUCAUUUUUUCUUAAUUUUGGGGCAUAGCUUCGAUGUGCUUAUUUAACUCAACUAGAAAUCCAGAGGCCUGGGCUAAUGAUUUGUAGACUGGAGUUCAAUGACAGCAAGGAAAUGUAAAAAAAUCUGGAAUCUAGCACCCCUGAGGAUGACCGUAGAACUUCCAUAUGCUCAUAAACUCUGGUUCACCUGGGGAAGGAAAUCUGUCAUCCUUUAAAGUUUUGGCAAAGAUCUGUAGCUCGGGUUGUGGAUGGGGUUGUUGCUUGCUCACCAAGCUGGCUUGUUUUUGUUCAGACGUUUCGUUACCAUGCUAGGUGACAUCAUCAGUGGAGCCUCCAAUGA